UCGCCCACGCCUUGAGAAGCGAUGGCGGACGUCCUCGCCGAGCACCGCAUACAGAUGCCGGCACCGGCGGCGCGUGCCGGCAUGUCCACCGCGCCGGAGAAACUGCUGAAUCGCUUCGUGCACUUGGUCGCUCUGGUUGAAAGGUUUGGCAACGCGCUGGGCACGCUGGCGUUCACGUGGGCAACCGUCGUCCUGCUCGGCGGCUACCCGGCUGAGCUCCGCCGGAAGGAUGACUUCUGGUUUACGAUAACCAUAGUUUUCCUGGAAGCCGCCAGGUAUGUUUUUUCUUUCUUUGAUGAAGCAAUAAUAAGAUGGCGGCCUUUACAGCUAUAUUCUCUCGAUUAUAAGUGA